CAACGCCAUACACGCCAGUGUUCUUACUGCUUUGGCAAUCCUGGUUCUUCCGCCACCUCCUAACUUGUUUGGUUUUUUCGUUUCUAGUCAAUUUGUCUACAGCAUCUGCACCAUGGCGAGGACAGGAAGCAUGCAGCAACGGCGUGGAGGGUUCCAGACCACGGCCCGUAUGUUGAUGGCAGUUUGCGUGAGCGGAGUUUUGUUGCUCUCCAGCGGACCAUCCUCAGCAAAUAAACUGACUGAAGGGCAGCAGAACCAGAACUCGGGGCCUGGAGCCGCAACCCAGGAAGGACCCACCAUCGAGGGUGCAGUUGCCAAAUGCGUGCUCAAGACAACUGCUGCAGAAAAUGGCAGCUCACGAGCUAAAAAUACCACCGGUUUGACUCUGUCAAAAGAAAAUCUUGUUGUUUCUCUGCAGUGUUCCGGUGAGAAGAACGCCAUCGUACCGAAAGAUCAGAAGAAGGUUUGCUCGGCGGCUCCGAACGCAAAAGUAGCCGAUUGCAAAGGGGCUGACACAGACAAACAGGUCACACUGAAGUCCCUUCUUGGCACAAGUGGCGACAUCCAGUGGGAAAAAACAAUCGUAAGCACCGACAACAAGGGUGAAGUUAUGACGCUGAAAAUAAAGGAGUCUGAACUCCCUCUUUUCGACAAGGCCUUCUUCGUCGGGUGUGAAGAGGACAAGGCGCAAACACGGACGUCGCAGGCGACGGAGUGCAAAGUCAACGUCAGUGUGAAAGCGAGACCUUCUACUGUUGGAGAAAACAACGUUGUCACCUGCGCGUACGGCAAAGACAGCAACCCUAGGCCCUUGGAGGUGGAAAUGUCCGCGGACAACGACACCCUGACUAUCGAUUGUGGGACCGACGGUUCUCUCAAACCAACGAAAUACACAGAGGAGUUCUGCGUCACCGACAAUUCUCAAUUGGAGAGCUGCACGACGAAGAAGUUCUCAGAAAUUCUUCCCACUUUUUUGCCGAGCUGGUGGGUGUCAGACUCCCAGAAUGGUUCAGCGAAGCUGACAAUCCCAGAGUCGGGCUUUCCGGAAGAACAGCAGCAGUUUCGUUUGGGCUGCGUCCCCAAGAAGACAACACAGAGUCCGCAAGCAAAUCCGUCGGUGAAGACUGAAAAAGAAGAGGGCGCUCAAAACACUGAUGCAAGUACUUCGAACUGCAGUGUCAUUGUGACCGUUAAGGCUUCAAACUUUUCUUCUUUGGCGUCGUCGAUUGCGCCAACGGCAGCUGUAGCCGGUGGUGCCGCCGCUCUGACAGGAUUUCUCGUGGGUUCGUUUUAAGCAUAUUGGUAUUCGUACGUCAUUUGCUAAUGCUUCCGACGGCAGUGGCUGCUGACUAUCCGAAACGGUGCUCUUGAGUACAGAAUCCACUCUGUUGGAAGUCUUGAGGAUCCUCUCAAAGAGGUUCUACGUGUUUUAGACGCGGCUUUUCUUGUACGGGGUGACCUGAGGGUUCAUGUCCAGCGGUGUCUAGCCAUGUGAAGCUGUGGUAUGAUGUACCACAUGGGAACUGAGGGAACAUGCGCAUGAGUCUCUGUUGCUAGUGUUUUAUAAGGCACGCUUUAUUCGGUCACUCUUUU